GAUAGGUAAAAACAGAAGACCACCUGAAUCUAGCCCUCGUACAGACAACUCAAACGACGACAGUUCCAAUUUAGUCGCAUAUAAUGUGUCAACGAAUCUUCCCCUAAUUAUCGUACCCUAAAAAAGGUUAAUCUAGCCAUAAGCCCAUACCCGACACGGAAAAAAAACGCGAAAGACAAUCCACGGCGCCGCAGAACCGACAGUCCGGCACCCAUCCCAGGGAGUCCUUCGAAGAACAAGAAGCGGCGGCGGCAGAGGCGAGCUCCUAUUGGAACUUGGAUGGCGUCUGGAGGCAUCGCCCGAGGCCGCCUCGCCGAGGAGCGCAAAUCAUGGCGCAAGAACCACCCACAUGGCUUCGUGGCCAAGCCGGAGACCCUGCCGGAUGGGUCCGUCAACCUCAUGAUCUGGCAGUGCAUCAUCCCCGGCAAGAAAGGCACUGACUGGGAGGGUGGAUAUUUCCCCCUAACUUUGAGCUUUGAUGAUAAUUACCCAAGCACCUCUCCUGCAUGCAAGUUUCCAGCAGGUUUCUUCCACAUCAAUGUCUACGAUUCUGGGCUAGUAUGCCUGUCAAUACUGGGUGGUGGAUGGAAACCUUCAAUUACAGUGAAGCAAGUUUUGAUAGGCAUCCAGGAGUUGCUUGAUGACCCAAAUCCCAAUUCAGCUGCACAACAUCGAUGCUACGAACUCUAUAAGAAGGAUAUGCCGGAGUACAAGAAGCGUGUUCGUCAGCAGGCCAAGCGCUAUCCUUCACGGCUGUAGCCACUGAAGUCCCUGCAGAUAGAUAUUAGCAUUGCAUUUUGAUGGAACCUACGUCUAGAAUUUUGCGGCAAUGCACUCUUUAGCACGAUAGUCGUGUAUUUGCUCAAACUGCUAAAAUGCACUUUGAGUCCGCCUUGGUUACGAAUUGUCCUGGGACUUUCUAGCUUAUCGAUAUUUUGGAAUGCCUCAUGUCUUGACGGAUGUGGAUGAGGGCUUGAGCUUAAAGAAGAGUCCUUUCUUCCAAGUGAUUCCAAUCUUCCAAUAAUGCAUACACUGAAGCAGUAACUUGUGCCCAAAUCAUUGAAAGCAGCUUCCCGGAAUGGCUGGCGCAGUGUGCCAAAAGUUACUAAAUUAGGCGUGCGUUUAAUUACGGUGCUCUUCA